AUGGAUUGGGAUUUAAAUAAUAUUGAAGAAUUGAUGAAAGAUAUCGAGCACGCACCCUGCCGAGCCGAGAUAGUUGCGCUAGGAAUGUCGUUUGGGAAUAUGGAGGGCUGUGUCAGCCAGGUAAAGCACCAAAACGACCUCGCCAACAUGUGCGAAGACUCCAUAUACGAAUUUAUCGAUAUUGCGGGAGAAGUUCUCAAGAAAGAGAAAUGCUUAAAACCACUUAAUGAGUUUGUCAAUAUGAAGGUGAUCAAAAUCGAUAUGAUGCCUGUCUUCAAAGUCUUCACAGAUGCCUACGACUGCUCACAGGGUAAAGUUGCAGAAGCAAAGACUGAGUGUCAGAAACAAGCGAUCCCUGAACUCAGUGAGAUUCUUAAUGACUUCGUGAAUGAGAUCUUUGAAGGUGUUAGUGCUGAUUUCCUUCAAACGAUUGAAGAGUUCGGGGAUUCGUUUGCCGCCCUGUGGCAGUGCGGAAGGGAUGCACCGUCAUUAGAGAGCACUAUUUCCGCAGAUGAUUUUAGCAUCUUUAGUGACAGGUCCAGCAAAAUGCUAGAUUCUUUAAAUAAGUGGCGCGGGGACCCCACCAAGAACACAUUUUUAGAUGCCAACCAAAUGUGGGUGUUACAGAGGAUAAUGGAAGCGGUAGACGAGAAAGGGCCAAUGACGAAGGGCAUUUUGUACAAGAUCAAGCCUUCUGAUGUCUCCGAUCUGCACCAAUGCAAGGGACAGUAUGUCGCUACCGUAGCUGCCCUGGAUAAGGUUCUAUCGGAUGAUGCCAACAUGAUGCAGCUCACAUCGGUGGUGUUUGAUCGAUUGCUGUUCCUUAAUCCUUUGCGUCCGUUUGUACAAGCGUUCGUGGACACGGCACCUACACUCACUAUGCAAUUGCUGCCCGACGUACAAUGUCUAUUCGAAUGGGAUACUAACAAGAUGCCGUCGUUAUAUACCUGCAUGAGUACCAUCGGAGACGCCGCUCAGGCGUAUACUGCCGAGCUGGCUGCAGCCAAAGAACGUGCUGACGCCUCAGAGCGUCUGCAUGGUUGGGAUGACACAAUUGGCGGUCCAACCGGCGAGGCAGCAGAUAAUGCAUCAACACUUAAGGUAACGACAGGAACGACUGACAAGGCCGUUAAGCCAACUGCAGCAAGUGACAAGACCGCCAGUGUGACUAGUAAGCAGGGUACAAAGACGGGUACGGUCACCCAGGCUUCAACAGGUGUGGAUGCGGUGGGAGCUUUGGGUGGCGACAAGGACGAUGCUACAUCGAAUGCAUCUGUGGGUGUAGUCGCGACGGACCCGCCCGCUGCUGCGGAGCCGACCAAACACUCGCAUGUCUUCCGCCACUUCUUGUACGUUGUCGCAUUCGCCUGUCUGGGUGUGGUGGGAGCUCUUGCUAUGCGUGUGCAAAUGAGGAAGUCAGCAAUGUACACGGCGAUUCCCGCUAACGAAAGUGAUCAUGACAUGUUUGAUGUGGAGUCCCGUGGCCUCUUGAAUGAUAUGGGGAGUGACGACGAUGAUAGCAGUGAAGAUGACGAACCAAUCGCACUAUAG